AUGCAUUAUGAUAUUGUAUCUUAUUUCAAUACUAAUCGAAGUUUUCAACCACCACCAUCAAAUGGACAAACAAUUGAUGAAGUCAAUUGUGUUCCACAUUAUGAUUCUGGAUUACUUUCAAUUAGUAUAUUAUCAACACAUGAAGAACUUCAAUUGAAAGAUAUGACAAAUAAUGAAUGGAUAGAUGUACCAUUAAAAUCAAAUAUUGGUGUCAUUUGGUUAGGAGAAGUAGCAUCUCGAAUAACAGGAAAUCGAUUAAAACCAGACAAAUAUGAAUAUAUGAAUGAAGAUGCCAUCGAUGAUAAAUUAAAAUGUAUUAUAUGUGCUCAACCAUUUCAAAGUCCAGUGAUCCUCGAUUGUCAACAUACAUUUUGUGAAGUUUGUAUUGAUACAUGGAUUAAAAAAAAUGCAUCGUGUCCUAUAUGUCGUCGUCAAGUUGAUACAAAUUAUGUUUUAACAAAAAUAACUGAUUUGAAUAUUUGCAAUCAACUUGAUUGUCUUCCUGUUCGAUGUCUUCAAUGUCACAAGAAUGGAAUCCAACGAAAUCGUUUUAAAAAACAUAUAAAACGAUGCGCGAAAAGUCGAAUAUCAAUUUUCUCAGAUUCAAUACAAAAUCGUUUCAAUAGCAUAAAAAGAACAAUACGAACAAAAUAUAAUUCUUUAGAAACAUCAACUUCACAGAGAAGAGUGACACCUAUUGUCGAACCUAUUCAACAACAAUUUACUUAUCAUGCCCCAAUACAAAAUAAUGAACAACAAAUUUAUAAUUCACGUCUAAUACCGACUACAGUUCGUCCAUUUAAAAUCAAUCUCUUUAAAUAUAUUGAAAUAUUAACAGUUUCAAUAUUUAAUAGUUCACCAAAUUUUUUCUAUGCAGAACAAUGGGAAGAAUUUAUUUGUUCUACAAUACCAAAUUUACGUAUUUUUGAUUUUCAAUAUCAUUAUAGUGGAGUAAUGAAAAAUUUCAUACGUGCUUGUUAUAGUGGGCGAUUUGGUUCAAAAUUCUGGGCAAAUAAAUAA